AUGAAGCUGGCAGUCGUGGUUCUUGUGUAUGGGCUGAUUGUUAGUCAAGAUGUAGGAUGUUUAGGAGCAUCUCUGUCAGGAUUUUUACCUAAGCAGGAAACGGGUUCUGUCCUUUCCAGAAGAAGAGCAGUGGAAGACUUUCUGGAGGAUCCCGAGCUGUGUUUCUCCCUGAGAGAAAACGACACCCAGCAGUAUCUCCUGUGCAACGAGCGCAGAAACAAAUUCAACAUCAACCCGUUCGGCCUUCGCUUCGGGAAGCGCUACAACCGCGGUUACAGCUACAGCAGAGCCCGAACAAGUGGCUUUUCGCGGCAACUGGAUGUCCUGACCUGA